UACACCAAUAUUGACGCCAUUUUCCUUCUGCAAAGUUCUUUUUCAAUUCUUCUACUCUCAUCCAAGCAAAACACAAGCCAUCAUUUGUCAAAACAAAAGAAAACAACACCAAAUGAUGUCUGGUUGGAUGCAAGACACAGAAGAACAAAACUCUGCUUCAUGGUCAAACCCAAACGCCAACGAGCUAAGCUGCUUCUACAAACCCAUCUCCGACAUCCAUGAAGAAUGGCACGUGCCCAACAACAACACCCAGAUUCACUCACAUGUUAGAGACACGGCUUUCUCCACCAACUUUGAUCAUAACAUGUUACUCCAUCAACACCAACCAUUACACUCUUUCUCUUCUUCCACCAGCCUUCACCUAUCUCAAGGGCACAACUUCUUCACCCCCAAACCCUUCUUUUACCCGUUGGACCACACCUUUCGCGCCGGUUCCGAUGUGGGGUUUCUUGAUCCUCAUGCUUUGAACAAGGUUCAUCAUGGUGGUGUCUUCUCCAGCUCAAAUGAUAAUAACCAGUUGGCCCUUCCAAAUUUAGCAACCAUGUGUGCAUUGCCUCCCCAACAAGACGGUGUUGGAUUUCCCGGAUUCAAGAAUGUCGUUGACUCUGAUCAUGUGGAGGGUUCAAGAAAGCCUUUGCUUCUGACCACGUCCAACGUACUGAAACCCCUUGAAUCGUUCCCUGCAUCAGGUGUACAACCUACACUUUUUCAGAAACGAGCAGCACUGAGGAAAAGCAUGGAAGAUAACUGCAAAGGCAAGAGUAAAGGGAAUAGCGAUAGUAGCAAGAGGAAGACUUAUAAAAAUGGAGAAGGUGAUGAAGGGUCCGGGUUGAAUCUUGAUUCUGAUGAGAGUGGUGAGAUGGAAGAGAGUGGAAGGAACGGCGGAAACAGCUCGAAUGCGAAUAGCACCGUCACUGGCGGCGUGGAUCAUAAGGGCAAGAAGAAGACAGGGAUACCUGCGAAGAACUUGAUGGCCGAACGCCGGCGAAGAAAGAAGCUCAAUGACAGACUCUACAUGCUGAGAUCAGUUGUUCCAAAUAUCAGCAAAAUGGACAGAGCUUCAAUACUGGGGGAUGCAGUAGAGUAUUUGAAGGAACUUCUGCAAAAGAUUGGUGACCUUCACAAUGAAUUGGAGUCAACAACACCAGCUGGUUCUUCAUUGACUUCAAGCUUUCUUCAUCCCUUGACGCCCAAAUUACCAACAAGUAUGCAAGAAGAACUUUGUCUCAGCUCAUUGCCAAGCCCUAAUGGCCAACCUGUGAGGGUUGAGGUUGGGUUGAGCGAAGGAGGUGUAAAGAUUCAGAUGUGUUGUGAGAGGAAACCUGGUCUCUUGCUGUGUACCAUGAGGGCUCUCGACAACCUUGGCAUAGACAUCCACCAAGCAGUCAUCACCUAUUUCAAUGGAUUUGCCAUGGAUAUUCUCCGAGCUCAGAUAUGUAGCGAAGGUCAAGAUGUCCGUCCAGAGCAAAUCAAAGCAGUUCUAUUAGAUUCGGCUGGCUACCAUGGCAUGAUCUAGUAGCUACAGGCACUGCCUUUCCAAAUGGUCAAUUUAGCAAUCCUGGUGUUUUUUUACAGAGUGGUCUAACUUUUUGCUCAGUUGAACUAGGAGAAAAUUUAUUUACUAAUUAGAAGCACUGCUAAAUUUGGGACCUUUUUGAUUGUUGAAGUUGAAACGAAAUCUGAUGAUAGUCUUCAGUAGGUGUAGGGACAUUCUGAAAAUGCAUGUUGGUGUGAAGAUUGUUUCUAGGAUUUCAUUUUCUUCCUUGUACAACUAUUAGGGACGGAAACUUUAAUGCAAUGUUUUCUCUGUUUUUUUCA